AUGAUUAAGAAAAUGCAUUUAAAGAUUCUUUUCCUCCUGCGAUGUAUUCUAGUCCUUACAACUGCUUGCAUACUGGUGGAAUUUUACGUCAGUAAAAAUAACCAGUGUGAUGGACCUUCCUCCAUAUUUGAAUUGGAUGAAAGCAGCAAUACGGAUACCGAGGUUCUUCAAGGUCUUCUCUCGGGAGAAAUGGACGCACUGGAUCCAAAGCUGUUGGAGUUUGUGAGACACAGACUGCUCUAUGCACCUUCUUUGGGGCCUCGGAGGCUUAAGAGACCGAACACACUGGAUUAUUCUCAUAGCGGGCAAAGUAAAGUUGUUGAUACAUUUCUGCACCAGCGUCAGAACGGUUUCUAUGUGGAGGCCGGCGCUUGGGACGGAGAAAAGACCAGCAACUCUCUAUUUUUUGAAAAAUCUCGCAACUGGACUGGAAUACUGAUAGAACCAGAUCCCGAUAAUUUUGAAAAGCUUGUCAGGAAAAACAGGAAGGCAUUUGUGGUCCAGUCCUGCCUUACCAGUAAACCAAAGUGGCUGGAUUUCACGUUAUCCAGCAGAGCAGAUGCUGGGGCGAUCAACCCCAUAAACAAAAACCGACCUAUAAGGGGAACAAUUAGGCUACUUUGCCUACCGAUCCAGACGCUUUUAAGCACCAUUGGACGGACACACGUGGACUUCUUUUCCCUCGACAUAGAGGGAGCAGAGCUGGAGGUCCUCCGAUCUUUCCCGUGGGAUAAAAUAACGGUCGAUAUGUGGACGGUAGAAGUUCAUCGUCUUAGUGAAAACUACAGUCAGGCUUUGAUAGAUAUUAGAGGGGUAUUUACUCGAACCGGGAUGUAUAAAGAAGUGGAACCAAGAGGUCAAGAUCUACUGUUUGUGCGACAAGAUGUCCGCUAA